AUGAGUCGGACGCCGGAGUACACCACUCCUCCCGCUAUUCCCCCGCGGCGUCCAUCAACUUGGCGAUCGACCCCGGGACCGGGACCCCCGUCGACGCCAACCCCGAUUUAUGCCGUCGUUCCGGAUUCUCCUCGGCCGGUUGUGCUGAAUAUUGCGGAAAACGAAGCUCGACAAAAGUUGAACGAAUGCGACUGGUACUGGGGCGACAUCAGUCGAGAAACCGUGACGGAUAUCAUGAAAGACGCGCCAGAGGGAAGCUUCCUGGUGCGAGACGCAUCUGAUAAACGCGGCGAGUACACUUUGACGCUGAGGCACGGGGCCGCGAACAAGUUGAUCCGCAUCGGCUGUCGGAACGGCAACUAUGGCUUCUCGGAACCGUACCAGUUUCGAAGCGUCGUGGAGUUGAUCGGCUUCUACCAAAACACGACUUUGGCUCAGUACAACAGAGCGCUGGAUAUUAAGCUCAUGAACGCCGUAUCACGUCGGGCAAAGGUCGCUGAGGGUACUGAUGAGGAUCCCAGCAUGAAUGUGGACGAUUUGAAGCAAAGAUUCUUGGAUAUUUGCGUGGAACGCUCGAAGAAGUGCAAAGAAUAUGAUGACGUGUAUUUGAAACAUCAGAAAGUCUUGGAAGAAGUGACGACGCAUAAACAGGCCAUAGAAUGUUGCUGUCAGUGCCUUCAGAUUUAUCAGGAUCACCUUUCCGUCGCUGAGAAAGCUCUUGAGAAUGCCGCUCCCCAGGAUCUGAAAACGCGAUUGAUAUCGCUUGGUGUCUCUGCCGAGGAUUUCGUCAAAAUAACGGACGGUCUACACAUGAACUCGUUGGACGCAUCAGCUCAAGCCCUGCUGAGUGUCAAAAAUGGUUGGCGAGAUCAUUUCAAAUCGAAAGUUUUAAAUAUGCCGGGUGGCUACGAAACUCCUGUCAAUGGCACUGGCUCGGGGGCGACGAGUCCGAUGAGCACGAAUCCCAGGUCUCGGCGUGUGUACAAACCACUCGUCUUUCCGCCUGCGUUGCCGCAUGAGGAUGAAACAACGUGGUAUCUCCCUGGUGUUUCCCGUGAAGAGGCACAGAGCAUGUUGAGGGAAAAGCCAGAUGGCACGUUUCUAAUUAGGAAUUCGAGCCAGAAGGGCACUCUGGCUCUUUCAGUUAUAUGCGAUCAUAAAGUGAACCAUUGUAAGUUGAUGAAGUACGCGCAAGGGUACGGGUUCGAUGAGAAUCUCGAUCUGUUCCCGACGCUCCGUGACUUCGUGCUGCAUUACGCUCGUAAUAUGCUGCAAGACAGGAACCAGACCUUGAACACCACCCUCGCCUAUCCAGUGCGCUUGCCGGAAUAUACUUCCCUCACCAACCAAUACGUCGUUCCGUCUCCUUCGUCGUAUGGAAGCGAGAAGGAAGAAUGAUUGAAGCGCUGCUUGGCUUAGUCACUUGCUGGAACAAGUCGGAAUUCCUCGACCGGUUUAGGGGUAGAGAUUGGCACCCCGGUUGUUGGGUUAACUUCGGGCAUCGUCGCGUGCGCGAACUUCCGUGUGAUUUUGCUGCCCCGGGCUACCUCCGUCAACCAACCGGUAAUUUCGUUUCCUCCGUGUACAAAAAUUCAAAAAACAUGAAGAAGAAGAAAGACCAAGUGCAUGUGUUCUCUCGUGAUCCUUUCGCUGCCGACGUGCGUUCCCGUUUUUUUAUUUAUUUUUUAUUGAAGCUCUUGGAACACGGGUUCUUAUAACUUUUUAGCUCACACCAGUAUUUUCCCUCCGUUUGCGAAUUCCGCGGACUCGUUAAUUUUCUCAUUUCACCAAAGGUAUACUUGCUCAAAGUUAUGAAGAUUAAUAAUUCUAGAUUUUCACUUUCCUGGCCAAAGCGUUUGAUGAGUGCAUCUCAUGUUAAACGAUUCCCCCGAAGUUGAUAUUUCAUUAUCGAAAUUCCUGGCGUCACGGGAAGAAUAAUCGCCUGAAUAUUGCUCCAUUUUGCGCGGAGAACGAAAUCUUCCAUGCGGUGGUAGACUCGUAUUUUUGUCGAGAAACAAAAAAGGUCCCCAAUGGUGCUUUCUACAAGGAACUGCUCAGACGAUUAGCCCGAUUUAAAUUUUUUUUCCCGGUGAAAAUUUCUUUAUCGGCGAUUUGGGUGAGCGUCCCGAACAGUAUUCCUGAUGGAAGAAAUUUUUGUUUGUUUUUGAACGUUUGUACAAGCUAGAUUUAUUUCCUGCCGGAUUGUGUGGCAGAGGUGGUGCAGUUACUGGAAGGAAUGAUGAGCUAAGUUGAACGUUAACGUCCUGAAAGGUCCUUGUUGAAUUUUUUUUUCAACGAUAAAGAGUGUUCGGUGUUACUGUGCGAUGUUUGCGGUCUUUUGCUUCAGUUGCCGCAUUUUGGCGUUUUUUCCUUUUUUUAAUUGGCAGGAUGGCUGUUUCAAUGAGCUUCUCAACAGUCCUGCGAGUCGCCAACGUAUCGUCAAAGUAGACAGAUGAAAACCGGGUAGACAAUUUUCAGCAAUUAAUUUUUUUCUAAUUUCCAAGAAACAUUUUAAUCAAUUACGAGCUGAUGAAGAAAAUGAAAUGCUGUCGGAAAUUGACUGAGGAACCUAUUGAUAACUCCGGGAAAUGUUUGAAAUUUUCAUGCAGGUACUGUACUUCCAUUUUUUGGUGAGGACUUUAAAAUGCCCGAUGGCCUUGUAGUUUUCUCAAGAUUUUGUCUCAAUUGCCCUAGGGGUGCAUUGAUGGCCACCAGCUCUCAAACAGUAAUUUCCACGCCUUGGCAUCUUUAUUUCGGAGAAAUCACAAACACAAUAAUGUCCAUUCGACAUGUUUCUAUACCGUAAGGAGAUUUUGAAGAUUUGCAGCUUUGUGGCCGAGUAAUUUUUUAAUAUUUCGGGGAAUUUUUGGAUUUUCUGAUCGCCCAGGAUGUGUGCAAUCUUGAUUUUUUUUUUUUGGGAAGCCAUUUGGUGAACUAGACGGGUUCACGGAUAAAUGGGAUGGCAUUUUCCCCGUAGAUCAAGAGUUAUUUUCUAAAAAAAAAAUUUAUAGUCUAAUGUUUCAUCUGAUUGAAAUGACUUUAGAGGUGAUUCGCGGGACUUCCGAGAAAUCGUUCCGAUCAGUUUGAAUCGGUCUGAACCUCCCAGUCGCGAUAGUAUUCUUGAAAAGAUUUAUCAGUGGCUUCUUUUCUUGAGCAAAAAUUUGGAACACUUUUUAAAACUCCUGGAGAGAAGAGGAAUACAGUAUUUAGUUUGCCGAAAGCUAGAAAUUUCUCUCAGAAAUCAUGCCAUGAACUUAAAAAUUCUUGAACUCGGGUUGCUGAGACGUGAGAAAAAAAAAUCUGUGCUCAAUUUCGCCACUGUUACGCUGCCGAAAACUUUCUUCAACUGGAAAAGAAAAGAAAGAGAAAAGCACGAAGAAUCUCUUUUAGAGUUGAAAUCCCGCAGUUUUUUACUUUAUUUUUAUGCGGGUCACGGGUGUUUGAAGCCUUCUGGCUCUUCGUUGAAUUUCGUGGGCUUUUUUGUUAGUUUUUCUCAGGAGUUUUUUUACGGGUAUCGUUUCGUCUUGUCGCUUUUACCGCCACACUUGUAUGUGAACCAUUCAACCCGCCUAAUUUGUUUCCCCUUUUUUGUUUUUGUUUUCUUGCGUAAGCUUAAACAUUCCUGUUGAUGCGAAAUCCGUUGCUUGUUUUUAAUGCCCAUCUGGAAAAAUGGUCUGUGAAUGUUGACUGUGUGAUAAAUGUUCUCGAAUCUUGGGGUGGAAAUUUCUAAGGGACUAAUAGACUUUUGUGGGGUAUCUUUAAGUGGAAAAGGUCUGCAUUUACUUGCUCGAGGCGUUCUGAAUGUGAAAAAUUGUUUCCUCUGGAGGUUGGUUGAGUCGGUGUCCAUUUUGUCCCAACAUGUGGCGUUUCUUGAGUUCCGUGAGAAAGAUGUCGCUGCAGUUCCGUGAGUUUAACUGUCGAGCGAUAAUGUAAAACACGCUAUUCUUUCGUGUUUUAUUAUAGGGGGGAAACUUUUCUGGAUUCUGUUGCUUUUACUCGUUCGAAAAGUUUGAGUGCUUGGAAUGGGCGGAAUGUUUUCUUUCUGCCGUUUCUUUUCUUUUUUUUAUGCCAUGGAGCGAACUUCCGUGAAAACACCAACGAUUUUUUUUCCGAAGUUCGGGUGUUUUGUUGGAGUUGUUGCCAGAAGGAAUAAGCAGCGAAAAACGAGACUUCUUUGUGCUGAUUUCGCCGAACUAUACAAAAGUCUCCUCAAAAGUUUUCCACCGGUUAGUUGGGGAGCCGUUGACUUGACUGCUUACAUUGCUUUCGCUUCAAUUCCUGUUGUUCCUUAGUAUGAGGAGAAAUAUGGGAAGUUUUCCUUCAACAUCGGAACAAGCAGAUUGUUGAAGAAAUUCGAUCAGAACGUGUCAAAGGAUGGAACAUUUUUGGAGCUUGCUUUUUGGAACUUUUAAGGAGACUCUUGUGUAUCUGAGUAGUUGCCCUUUCACAAUGGCUGCUACCCUGUGCGAGGGUUGUUUUUGUAUUCCGAAGCGUGAAUACUGACCGUGCUUGCUGAAAUUUUUAUGCGUUGUCUGCUGGAAGCCUCGUCUUGGUUUUUCUUUCGCUGGAUUCCUUGUGUGAUAAUAAAGUCGCACAUUUGUAUGUCAGAGCA